AUGGACCCAACUGAGUAUCAUCAUGUAGUUGGAGCCCUUCAGUACUGCACAAUAUCACAGCCUGGUAUUGCCUAUGCAGUAAAUCAACUGUGUCAAUUCAUGCACAGUCCCCGUGAGCCACAUUGGGUUGUUGCAAAACGUGUGCUCCGAUAUCUCAAAGGUACAAUUGAUUAUGGUCUUUAUUUUUCACUCGAUGAUAUUAACCUACAUGCUUAUUGUGAUUCCGACUGGGCAAGAAAUCCAGAUGAUCGACGAAGCACAACUGGUUAUGGCAUAUUUAUUGGCCCUAAUCUCAUCACUUGGAUAGCAAAGAAACAACCCAUAGUGUCCAAAAGCCGCACCGAAAUAGAAUACCGCAACAUAGCAAUUGUAACGGCUGACUUAUAUUGGAUAAUGAUGCUAAUCAAGGAACUUGGAGUUCAACUUUAUCUACACCAAUAA